AUGGCUGAUCACAUCGGAAGAGUCGGCGUCAUGCCGAUCGUGAUAACUCUAGCGGAGAAGAUUCUGGAAACUUGUCGAGGCUUGAACUUUCGCAAGAAUGACGAUAUGGCUAGCCUUAUAAAUGAGACGAAGACUCGAAUCGAUCUUGUCAAAGUCCGGCUCGACGUGAUCGACGCAUACCUUCGCUCAUCCGACGGCGUGCCGCUACGUUCCAAGGACUCUGGUGGAGCAGCGCUGGAGUUUAGCUUGAAGAGGUUGGAGGAACUACUUCGCAAAAUGGACGGCCGACUUUCAUCAAAAAACCAAAAACCAGAGGGGAACUGGGCUCUUCAGCACGCUUGGGUGAGCUGGAGGAAGGACGAGAUGGUGCAUCUCAAUAGUCAGAUUUUGCGGUGGUGCCGACACGUCCAGAGUAUCAUCUCUGCUUGGAAUAUGCUCGGGAAGGUAGUGUCGGGAAGCGAGGUCUACGAGAGGCUGCGCAAAGUUCACGAUCAAUCCUUAACUGCAGCGGUGGCCCUCCGUGGACGCGUCCAGUCGGGCACUCCGCCAACACUCCCAUUACUGCUCUCGACUCUUGGCCUCGAUGCGAAAUUGGUCGAGAAAAUCCCUCGUCAGCUGCUCCCAAAGGACAAGCCAAAAUACUACGUCGAGCAGCAGGAGUUGGCCUUGGGACACUGGGGGGCAAGACAAAAAGCAGGUUUAGAGAAACUGGCAUAUGUCUUCGGUGGCUCCCACCUGCCGGAGCUAAAUUUGCUGACAUGCAAAGGCAUCGCUGUCCUGACGCAUCACACCCUGAAGGGACAUCCAAUGCCACCUCAGAAACGUUUUCUCGCGCUUGUCUACGAGCUCCCCCGCGGCUGUAUACAGUCUCAUUAUUCCGAUCCACCGACACUAUUCCAGGCGUUACACGAGAAAGAAACUCACCAACGCUUCUUCAUCUCCCUGGAGGAUCGCUACCAAAUGGCGGCACAGAUCGCCAAGGCAGUCACGGAGAUUCAUGCUGCUGGCUGGGCCCACAAAGAUAUUCGAAGCAAGAACGUCAUCGUCGAUAUCCGGAGCGGUAAGGCUUCCAAAAGGGCAGAGGUUGGUCCCAGUACCUGCCUCAUCGGAUUCGUCGCUGGCGUCGACAAAGUUGAAGAUGGGCGCCCUCAUCGUCAGGCUGAACUAAUGCCACCGGUCAUGACCGCGUAUGACAUCCGUCAGGAUAUAUACUGCGUCGGAGCGGUUCUCGUCGAGUUGGGUACCCAGAAGACCCUCGACAACUUGCUGACACCGCACGGGAAACACAUCACAUAUGAAAAACGACAUGCGGAGCUUCUUCAUCACGCUCGUCAUCUGGAAGAUAAGAUGGGUGUCAAAUAUUCUCGGGCAGUCUUGGCCUGUCUGGAGAUCCACACAGACCCCGUCAAGAAAACCGAUACGAAUGCCGUACUGCGGUCUAAAUUCUACGAGGGGGUCCUUCUACCACUGCGGCAAAUUUUGGAAGGCUUCCAGGUAUGUCGUGGUACUUGA